AUUGUGGUCCGGCCCGGCCGGCGGCGGCGGCGGCAGCGCCGAGCGAAGAUGGCUGAGAAGCAGCCGCAGAAGCACGACGGGCGGGUGAAGAUCGGCCACUACGUGCUGGGGGACACGCUGGGGGUCGGCACCUUCGGCAAAGUCAAGAGCUGAGUAUGGGGCGCGGGAAGGGCGGGCUCGGGGCUGCAGCCGAGGAGGGGAGGGAGAGAGAGAUGGAGCGCGCGCGCGAGGAAGCGCCUCUCCAAGGCGCAGCGCGCAAACCCCCCCAAUAUACGCACACGCGCCGCAGAAACCAGGCGACAGCCCCGCGCUCAGUUAUCCCUCCGUCUCCAUCCUGCACCUUUCCUCCCCAGAGCCCCCUCCCCACCCCCUGAAGCGAACACCUUCCCCACCCCGGUGCCCCCCACCCCACAGUAUAGCCCUUUUUCUCUGAGGCAGCCACCGGCAUAGGAGCCAACUCACAAUAAAAUGUUUGAGCCCCCCCUCCCGUUUCAAAGUUCAUGGGCAUUGCCCUUCAAAUGGCAUGCAUGUCAUGUGAUCGGUUAUGUGGGGCUUACCUGGGCCCCCCCAUAUUUUAGUCAAGUUGGCACCCCUGGUAAUGCCAUUCACACACACACACACACACGUGUACAUGUGAUCAAUUAUGUCAUGGAAUGUGAUCAGUUAUGUGUGGCAGGGCAUACCUGCCCCCCCCAUAUUUCAUUCAGGUUGGCACCCCUGCUUUGCAUUUUCAUCUGACCAUUCAGCCAGGCACCCAGUCCAUAAUUCCCCCUCAGCUCCUCCCAUAAACACCUUUGCACUCUCCUCCCUGCUGCCUUCAGAAACCCACAAUAGGAUGCUGGGAAGUGAUGACAGGGGCUUAGAGAGUCAGGGUCUUUUUCUAAGAGUCAUGAAUUGUAGAGUUGGAAGGGACCACGAGGGUCAUCUUGUCCAGCCCCUUGAAAUGCAGGAAUCUUUUGGCCAACGCUGAGAUUAAGCAUCUCAUGCUGUACCAACUGAGUUAUUUGGAAGUUCACCUAGGGUUAGAAGACAAAAAGCUCCUGGCAAGCAUCCAGCACACAUACCUUCCUCUUUUCUUUUCAGUCAGCGCUGACAGUACACAUGAGCUGUGUAUAUAUGCUUUAGCAAAAUAAAAGUGCCAGGGAGAGGGGUCCCUGCCCUGAUGAGUUUCCAGCAGGGAACGUGACACUGUGGAAAGGACAGGAGGGGAUAAAUAGAGGCAAAAUGUGUGCAAGCCGAAUGCGGUUACCCACACUGUUUGGCCUCCAGUUAAUGAAUCACACAGCCUUUCCUCCCUCCCUUCCUUCCUUCCUGUAAGAUGUGCAAUGCAUUGUGAGCCCUGCCUUUGGCUGCUCUGGGAUGUACACAUCUUGCUCCCUCCAGCAUUUGCACAAGGUGCAACGACGUUGGACAUCUUCAGCUCACAUAACCUUGGUCUUUGGCUGCCCUGUGGUAGCCUUUUAGAAUAAACUUCAUGGGCAUGCUGUCACCAAAGAAACAGUUUCAAGAGGAAUAGCUGUGUUAGGUCACAAAACUCUUGGCUAACAGUUUAAUUAUGGCAUCAUCAGUUGAAAUGGACUGGACUUCAUGAAAGCUUAUGCUGUUAUAAAUUCAGCAGACUUUGAGGUGUUAAAGUUGAAGUGAACAGUAGUCCACAAAAGCUUGUUUUAUCACCAAAGAGGCUAAUUCAGGAAGAGAUGCUAAGCUAUUAGAAGCUAUUGCUAUUAUUAUUACUAUUUAUUAAGUUGUUGUUGUGAGAUAUUUGUGAGAUAUUUUCCAGUGUUGAAUGGCAGAAAAUGUCAUUCAUACAUGAGUCUGAUUCUUUGCAAAUCCAUGGAGAAUCUUCACAUCGUGAAGUAUUUUUUCCAAGGUUGGCAUGAAGUUAAUGCAACACAAUUCUAUGCAUAUUUAUUCAGAUAUAAGUCCCUUUGUCUUCAGUUGGGUUUACUCCCAGGUAAAUAUGCACAGGAUUGUAGCCAUAUUUGUUACAUUUUUUAAGGAGCUCAGGUGACAUACAUGGUUCAUUCUACCCAUUUUAUCGUCGCAAAAAAGCUUGAAGUGGAAAAGUAGUGAACUGCCCAAGGCCACCCAGUUGCUGCGUGAGGAUUGAUCCUGAGUUUCCUCAGUUUAAGUCCAGAACCACACUGAUUUCUUAAUCACACAGACCCUCCCAUCUGUCAUACUCUGCCCAAAUCAUAUCCCAAUCAUUGCAAAAUAAAGCCCAGGCUUGUCAACUGCCACUUGCCAUGUUGCUUGUAGGGAGCAAGAUUUGCUCCCAAGCAAGAAAUUAUUUUUAUUCUUUUCCCCUUAACAGCCUGAUCCUAUGCAUAUUUUACUCAGAAAUGAGUCCCACUGAACUCUGUGAGGCUUAGUCUUAAAUAAGUAUGUAUAGGAUUGUUGUCAUCAUACAUUGGUGUGCUACAGACUACUAACGUGGGUGGGCUAGUAAAACAUUUUUUUGGGCUAGUAACUUUAAUGGGCUUAUUUGCAAGGUUGAAAAAAACUGUUUUUCAGUGGUUAUGAAAGGUUAGGGCGCAGCACACAGUAGCUAGUAUCUAACUUUCUUAAGGACCAUUGUAAUAAUUGAGCUGAACCAUUUCCUAUAAUGUUGCUAAGGUCACCCUCUGAGUAGACCUACUCAGAGGGAAAUACUGCCUUUCAGCAUUCUUGCCUUAUACCAUUUAAUUAAAACACACAUGCGUGUGUGCGCGCACACACACAGUAAUGUGUUAAAUAGUGUAUCAUAGGGAGUUGUUGUGCCUCUGCUUUGUGGUUAUAUUAGGAACCUGAGUUACCGCACCACGCAACAAAUAACACUGUCUCUCUUGCCUGCAUCUCUUAAGACAUUCAAGUAGGCUUAACAAGUCCCAAGGGAGUGAAACAAUAAUAUCUCUGUAUCAGUUCCUUGCUGUAAGCAAACGAUGGAUUACAAAGCAGACUUGUUUAUUAUUAAUUAUUAAUGUAUCAGCACUAAGAAAACCACAGACAGACACAUGUAGUUUUUUUGUAUUGAUAACAAAUGAAAGAUGGGCUACUCAGUUGCAGCUUAAUACUUUGGUUUGUUUGCUUUGCUGGUUUGGAGUUUAGCAAAUGUUCUGUGUGAGCUAUAGCAGGUUGUAGAAUAGAAGGUGGUCACCAAAGCAUACAACUGGGACUUUGUCCAAUUGGAACAUAUUUACAUUGUUGAUCUGGGAGAUGCCAGAUAAGCAUUUAUUUAUUACAUUUAUAUAUUGCCUUUUAUCUUCCAAGGAUCUUAAUGUGCUGUACGUGGUUCCCUCCCGCCCAUUUUGUCCUCAUAACAACCCUGUGAGGUAGGCUAGACCAUGGGAUGGUGACUGGCCCAAGGUCACACAGUGAGCUUCAUGGCUGAGUGGGGAUUCGAACCCUGCUCUCCCGGGUCGUAGCCCAAUACUCUAACCAUUACACUACACUGGCAUAAGAUGAUAUGAUAGGACUUUCUUUGACAGAAAUAGCAGAGAGAAAAUUCCAAUUUCAAUGAUGUUUCAUACCCGCUGGGUGAUACUCAGCCUUAGUUAUAGAGUAGUCCUGCUGAGAUCCAAUAGACUUAAGUAAUUUGCUUGCUGAUUUCAGUAGGUCUACUUUGAGUAUGACUAACAUUGGCUAUCACCCAUUGGCUCAAUGAUCAGCAGCAUUGCUAUCAUGUGCUUAGUCUCUUUCCCACUCAGUUAUUCCCUAAAAUAUCAAGGGGUGAUUAGGCCCUCACUCUGCUCCCCCCCAUGUUUUAAAACAUAAGCCUUAGCUGCAUCCUCAAAAGAACGUGUAAUGUGUGUGAGUUCAGCUGCAGGAGCAAGCUGUGAACUGUGAAUGCUGUUCCCACUACUUCUAAGGCCCAGAUUAUUUCAUGCAUGUGUAUAUACAGCUGGGAUCUUUGUUGUUUCAUCUCCCAGAGCAAAAUAUUAGCAGUACAGUUGUCAGGAAACAUGUCGUGCUUUACUCCUGUACAAUACAAACGUAGCAUUCAGGAAGUCGCAGGUAAAGAUUUUUGGAGGCUCAAGAUGAAUGCAUUAUCGCCUGCUAAUGUAUGCAGAACAAGCUGCUGCUAGAGGUAUAGGAAUGAUCAAACUAGGAUAACUGUUACUAGACUAAUUUGUGGCCCGUGUUUUUUUGGCUGUGGCACUGCAAUAGGGUGCAGGAACAAAAGUUACUAAACAUGGGUUUUCUAGGAUCCUGGGAGCAUAGUUACAACCUGGAAUAUGAAGGGGUGUCCAGAUGCUAAAGCUGACAUGGUCCUGCAUGUUUUAGUGCUUGUGUAGAUAUAAGAAAAAUAUUCUUAUUUUGGCAUCUGCAUCAUAUUGCAGCAGUGGUAAGAAAAGAUCCCCCCCCCUUUUUAUGCAGCUGCAUAAAGCACAAAAGCCAAAUCCUCUUUCACUCUUGGUCACCCAAAGCAUGAAAAGCUAUAUGAUGUGCACCCAUUUUGCUGAAGCAAAUACCUCAAGUUUGUACAGAAACAUAUUGAAGGACUUGGUUUCACUCUGUGUUUGGCUGUUUAUGAAAUAGCAUAGUGGCUGCAGCAGGCAAUCGAGGGAUAUGGAGCAGAGUGAAUUUCCAUAACAGGAAAAGGAAUGAUAAUUCUUAUUUAGCCCUCCUGUCGUUUCACAGCAAUCGGUUGGGAACAUUUCCUAGGGUUUAUGUUUGCUAGAGAAAGGUCGAGAUAGAGCCAUAGAUUUUCCCUAGAGGCACCCAUUGUCAAGUGGGAUUCAACCAUAUACGGGCAUAUUCAUGUUGCACAGUUAUGGUUGGUUUGAUUUAGUGCCUUUGUGAAACAAACCCUCUUCCCCAAAUAUCAGACUUCUUGCAAAAAGGAACGCGAUGGGGAAAUGCACUAGAAAGGGUGGAUAAUGCUACAGUACCUUCAUGUACAGUUGUCUAGCCGCCCUGCAAACAAAUCAGAAUAAAUGCUCACUGCCCCAUAUUCAUAUAGCUAGAGGAAAAACCCUUUUUCAGUGGUACCCCAGCUGUGGAAUGCUCUCUGCAGAGAGGCUUGCAGUCUUUUUGGUGACAGGUAAAAAAAAUGUAAGCUUGAUUUUUACAUCUAAAACCUGAUUCAUUUAUUUCUUGUUGCUGAAACCUUUUUGUUAUAUGGAUUUUAAUCUACGCUUUGUAUUUUACUUCAUUAUUAGGGCAGGAUAAAAAUAUGGUUGAUCUGUAAAAUAAAUAAAUACACUUGUGCGAUGCGGAGCAUAGCAUCCUGUUAACAUUUCCUAGCCUAGCUGAGUACAUAAAAAGGAAACAAGUCCAAGUGUUUUUAUUUGGAAGUGUGGCAAAACACUUUAUUUUUAGAACACUCAUAUUGAGGAAAGAAUUUCAGGCUGCUCUUAUCUCUGCUAAUAAUAGCGACUUGCUCACCCUAUACAGCUACUGCUUUUACCACUCUGCUCUGUUCUUUAGUUGGGGCCACAGUCACUGUCACAGAUAGUCUCUUGCCUAGUUUUAACAUUCCAUGACUUUUAAAUUAGAAUGCUAAGCUGCGUGAGAGUUCAGUGAAUUGUAUCCUAAAUGGCAUUUCAUUGUUUGCUGUAACAAGCAUAAUGGCUUCUGCUAGAACCUUACAGCUUGAGACUUCUAUAAAACUCCCGUUUGUUUGUUUUUCGUUUCCAGAGGGGGUGGCCACGUUGGUCUCUUGCAACAUGACACACACUUUUCUGAGUUACAAAUAUGUUUGCGGCGAGGGCUGUAAACAGUAAGGUCAGAGGAAAUGAAAUGCAGAAAAGCACAGACAGUGAUAAUUACGCAAUUAGCAGCAGUGAUUCAUAAAAUGUUAAUUCAGACAUGCUGGCAUUUGUAUGCCAAUUAACACAUGACUUUACUAAAAAAAAUAAAAUUCUUUGUCUUAAUGCAGUCCAUAUAUAACAGCACUGAACUCUUGAUGCAUUGUAAUCCAACUGUUUGAAGUUGCAGUCUCCCUUUAAAGUUCCUUUGCCCCCAAGAUGGCCACUCUGAUGUCACAGACACAUAUUCUGUGAGGUUGAAAUAUUGCCAUUCCUGAUCUCAAAUUUGUGUCUUGUGAGAAAAGAGAGAGAAAGUGGUUUUCAACUGCAGUGGGAGCAUAUUUGCUCACUGGAGUGAACCAUUUGCCCUUGUUGGCAAUAAUAAUAAUAAUAAUAAUAAUAAUAAUAAUUUUUUAAUAAUAAUUUAAAUCACUGGCAGCUAACAUCCCUCUUCAUAAUCUAUGAAGAGGAUGAUGAAAUUGGGGUGGGGAAAACAUUUCACCUUAGACUUAAAAUUAUAUUAUUACCUUUUGUUAUUUUUGUUUCUGUUCAGGGCCAAAUACCCCCUCAUGACAGUCUGUCAUUAUUAUCCAGUAUACAUUAUAUGUACUUCAAUAAAACAUGAAACUUUUCUUUCUUUCUUUCUUUUAGUUGGAGAACACCAGCUCACACGGCACAAAGUAGCGGUCAAAAUUUUAAAUAGGCAAAAAAUUCGCAGUUUGGAUGUGGUUGGGAAGAUCAAACGAGAAAUCCAAAAUCUGAAGCUUUUCCGACACCCCCAUAUUAUCAAAUUGUAAGUAUUGCUGCCACUACUCCCAUUGUUGUGUGUUGCAUGAAAUGGGGAUACUGCCCUCAGGGACCCUGUGCGCUCCUGUUACUUUACUGUGUGUUGAAUUAAUAUUUUCAAAGGUAACCUGCAAUGCAAUUCCAGGCACAUUUAUUCUGGAGUAAAUUCCACUGAACUCCACUGAGUUUACUUCCUAGACACGGGUGGCGCUGUGGUUUAAACCACAGAGCCUAGGACUUGCCGAUCAGAAGGUCGGCGGUUCGAAUCCCCGUGACGGGGUGAGCUCCCGUUGCUCGGUCCCUGCUCCUGCCAACCUAGCGGUUUGAAAGCGCGUCAAAGUGCAAGUAGAUAAAUAGGUACUGCUCCGGCAGGAAGGUAAACGGCGUUUCCAUGCCCUGCUCUGGUUCACCAGAAGCGGCUUAGUCAUGCUGGCCACAUGACCCGGAAGCUGUACGCUGGCUCCCUCAGCCAAUAAAGCGAGAGGAGCGCCGCAACCCCAGAGUCGGCCACGACUGAACCUAAUGGUCAGGGGUCCCUUUACCUUUACUUAUACUUAGAACUACAGCCUUUGCUUUUCUGAACCACAGUAAGCAGGAUCUCUAUUGGGAUUCUGUUAAUUUAUGACUACCAGAUUAGGGUAGAGGGAAAGUUAUAAAAUAUUGUUGUAAAACGUUUAUCUCGUCAUCUGGGAGCUUGUGAUAGUAACAUACAAUGGCUGGAUUAUACUCUGUGCUCACUGAGGAACAGACAUAAAACUUGGACUAGCUGAUGGAUUUGAAGUAAAUUCCUGGAUUUUAUGGAAGGGUUUGAUGCACAUUUGAGCAAUUUCUUGGGCGAAGCAACUGAGUCUGCUUGUUAGAUGUGCUUCUCACUCUCUGGGAUAUUGUGGUUCUGUGCAAAAAUGGAUUUUUGAAAAGUAAAAUAUUUUGACUAUUAUACUUGGACUUCCCUAUCCUCUUGCCACUACGAUUCAGUUUUACCAUAUUACUCGAGUCUGAGUAUUAUCUCCCAUCUUUUCAAACAUUCUUGAACAUCUGUAGCCACAAUGGAAAUUUGAAAAGAGGGUUAGUCAUAAGUGAGGUAUAAUUAUUGUGCAAAGAUUCCAAGAGAUUCAAUAAGCUUAUGGAAGAAGAAAGGUAAAUCCGUCAGAGCCCAGAAACAGUUUAUAUCUGCUUUUAUCAUAAAGAAUAUAAUAACAUUCACCUUCAGAAGUGGAAAGCAGUUAUGCGUGAAGUUCUAAUUUUAAGGAAAAUGUUAAUUUAGUAAGAUUAAGUAAGCACUAGCUCUUGUCUCACUAUUGAAAAAGAUGCAGAUAAAAAACAACAUAAUUUUUGUGUGUCUUUUUGUUAGGUACCAGGUCAUCAGCACACCAACAGAUUUUUUCAUGGUAAUGGAAUAUGUGUCUGGUGGGGAAUUGUUUGAUUACAUCUGUAAACAUGGACAUGUAAGUGACUUUUUCCAUUAAGGAUAAAUGGGUGGGCGGGAGGGAAGUGAAUUCUACCGAUCUAUAAUAUCUUUGCUAAAUGAGGGUUCUUUUUAAGGUUAUUAAGGCCAAAAAUAGAACUGGCUUCAUCACAGACCUGUCUGGAAUGACUUGCAACUGGCCUGAUGGCACUGCGGUGUCCUACACAGUCUUAGAGUGCAAACAUUUUGCUGAUCCAUCUUGCCUUGAAUUGCGUAUCAUUUGAAUAAAUAUGUAAGAAGCAAGGCAAUAACCAGUAGCAGCUUCCCUGGCUCUUUAUAUUUGAAUGCGUUCUGGCAAAUGAAAGCAGUUUGGUGAUAGUGAUCCAGUCCUAAAAGUAUGCUUGUAACGGUAUGCUUGUAACGGUGGUGCAAUUUUUUGGGUGACAUUGCACUGGUAGAACAGCCUUUUCAGACGAUGCUGAGCAUUUAUUUGCCGUUGCAGUAUAAUUUAGUGAUAACUAUCAGUUUACUAUAUAAUUGCCCAGAAAAGACAAUGAGCCACAGAAUUUCCUAGAGUGUAGGUGAUAGUUCAAGCUCAGAAGCAAGACAGAAGUGCUUGCCUCUGUAAAUUUACAUUUUACAGCCAAUCAGCACAAUUCAUGGUUGAACAGUGUUUUAUUUUUGUUGCCCAGAUUUUCCCUGAAAUAGAAAUUAUUAAAUGCUUUUUAAAACAUAGAAUCUAAAUUCUAUGCAAAAGCAGUAAUAAUAAACAGAUUUCGACUGCACUCCUGUACACAUGUACAUAAGUCUAUUUUAACUCAGCAGGACUUAGUUCUGAAUAGACGUGCUUAGGAUUGUGCUCCUUCCAUAGCUCCAAUUCACAGGUUAGAGAGGAUCUCAUAUCUAUUUUUUCUUUAAUCCUUCGGAAGCUAUUAGCAGAAUUGAAAUGCUCCCUGCUGCAUGCUAUGUGAUUGUCACCUCACCACUUGGACUGCAUAAAAUUCAGUAUUUGAAUUUUUGUACCCUGUAGUCAUAAUAUUUCCUAAUUUGAUCCCUUGUUCAUAAUUUAUUGAGAGGAUAUUAUAAUCUGCUAUAUAAUUAUACUUGUUAUAGAAAUAUGUAAAAUGUUAAGUAUGUACUAUCAUUACCAUUGUUUUACCACUAUGAUUAAGUGGUGAGGCGCAUCCAUUAAUGGCCUGAAUUCAGUUUAAAAAUAGAGUUUCUAUUAACAGACCUAGUCAACUCAGGCUGUUUCACAACAACUGCUAGGAUCUUGCAGAGUGAGACUGCAGCUAGGGGUGCCAUUUUUGAAUGCUCUCUAAUGGGGGGAACGGGACUUUCCUGCAAGUAUGAAAACUAGAACAUCAGGAAGAGUCUAGCCUGGAAUAGUCCUUGUUGUCCUAGGUUUUUUUUCCUUGCAGGGUAUAUCAGUAGGUGCCAGUACCGGAUUUACGUAUAAGAUAAACAAGCUAUAGCUUAGGGCCCCACACUCUUGGCUUCCAUAAAAAAAAUUAAAGGAAAAAACAACAGUUGGAUGUACAUUUCCAAAAUAUAAGAUAAAAAAAACAAAUAAAAUAAAACCUACAUACAGCAACAGUGUUUUGUGUUGUGUAGCCUCCUAUAAUGUGAGUAAUGGGCCCCGCCUGCUCGCUUGCUCCCUAAAAUAUCACUGGUUUGCUCAUUUCUAUAUAUAGAGUGCCUACAUUCUGCAUGGACUGGUUGCAUGGCAACAUGUGCAAAUGGCUUUAGAUACCUAUCAGGUUCAUAAAUUACCAUAUAGCAUAUAUUCAGCACAAAAAACCGUGACGAUUUGUUGUUUACAAAGGACAGCUGGACAUAUAAAGGGCCCUAUUACCUUCAGUAGCUUAGGGCCUCAUCAAACCUAAAUCCGGCCCUGGUAGGUGCCAUAAAAAAUAUGAUCUCCCUCACCUGGUCUGGUAUAGCUCAUUCUACUCUCUUUCCCUUAAGAUACGCACAAAGAAGAAGAUAUUAAAAACUUUAGUUUGUGAUGUCCGAACUGAAGGAACUGUGAUUUGUUCUGUGUUUAGUUUAAACAAACCAGGAUCAUAGCAUGAUAUGAUAUCCCACUUUGUUAACAAACCGUAGUUUGAAUAAACCAGGCAUGACAGGAAACUGUAGUUAGUUGGUGCUCUCCAACUAGUACAUUAUGGAGCUGUGGGACUAGGUGAAAAUGUGACCCCACUCUGGCACAUUCCUAUUUCAUUCUACUGUACAGUGGUACCUCGGGCUACAUACGCUUCAGGUUACAUACACUUCAGGUUACAGAGUCUGCUAACCCAGAAAUAGUGUUUCAGGUUAAGAACUUUGCUUCAGGAUGAGAACAGAAAUCGUGCUCCGGCGGCACAGCGGCAGCAGGAGGCCCCAUUAGCUAAAGUGGUGCUUCAGGUUAAGAACAGUUUCAGGUUAAGACUAGACCUCUGGAACAAAUUAAGUUCUUAACCUGAGGUACCACUGUAGAUCCAUCCCCAAUAGCAUGGGGGGGGGGGGCGGAUCUUAAACUGUACUGGCUUGAGGUUUAAGGUUCUAGCCUGGGCAAGUUUCCUUGAGUGGGCUUUGUCCUCUACACUUUGCUACUGUUGCUGGCUUGCCAGUAAAAGAGCUAGCAAGCAGGUGGCAGCACCUGCUGAUCCUAAUUAUUACUGCCACCAUCACUUGUUUCCUCAUCCCCCUCCAGUCCAAAACAAAAAGUAAGCAAACAAGCCAGUUGCAGCAGUGGAGAGGAGCAACAACAGGGCCAAGUCUUGGGCUUUGGCCUGACGCCCAAGUAUGGCCACCUUUAGAGGUCAGUCCUGAUUUCAAAAGUGUGAGAUGAGGAGGCAGGGCCUUCUACUUUGCUGUCUCUGGCCCCCAUGUUUGGUUUUUCCAAAUUGGGUGCAGUCAAGGAGUAGAAGGCAAAAGUGACAAGGGCAAUCUAGUUUCUUCAGUUUGCAGAGGCCUUUGGAAAAUUACUGCCAUGGGUUGCAGUCUGUAGCAGAGAAAUUUUUCAGAGUAAUGAGCUAAACAAUUGAUUGCUCAAGGAAGCACAGUUUUAAAGCUUAAAUGGCCUUUAAUUAUUUGACACACUUAAUUAUAAGAGAAUAGUGCAAUGGAAUGUCUCCUUGGGAUGGCUCGCCUCUGUUUACUUGUUUGUUUAGUGUUGCUUACUGUAAUUCUGUCUCUUGUGGCCCAUUAAGGGGGCACAUUUUGCCUCGCUGAGUAUCCUUUCAGGACAAACAAAAAACAUUGAGUCUUGUUUCCCUUCCUGUGCAUUUUUCUAGGUUGAAGAGGCCGAAGCCAGGCGUCUUUUCCAGCAAAUUCUGUCAGCUGUAGAUUACUGUCAUCGGCAUAUGGUAGUUCACAGAGACCUGAAACCAGAGAAUGUGCUGCUGGAUGCAAACAUGAAUGCCAAGAUAGCUGAUUUUGGUAUGUGACCCCAGCAGCAUUCCAGAAAUGUGACCAGCUCUAUGCCAAUUGCUGAACUGUCUCAGGGCUAACAUCCUUCAAAGAACCCCGCAUCAGUUUUCAUCACCAUUAGCAGUUUCUUUGCUACUGUGAAAAACUUCCCAAGUUGAAAACAUUAGUCUCGUCUUCACUGAGUAUUAAACCUGAAGGUGGACGCUUACAUAACUGGAUGCUUCUCCAUACUCAAAGUUUUAAAGAAAUCCUGGCACGUAAUAAGUUGAUUUCAGGGAGAAGGGUCCUAGCCUUGCCAUUUCCCUGGCAUCUAGGUUUCUACAUCUUUUUCUUUAUCUUAUAUGGUGGAACACUCAGCCAUAUGAACCUUGAAACAAUACAAUUCAUACGUUCACUUAUCACCUCUAGGGGAAGCAGGUUUUUCUUGUUAUGGUGUUGUCAGUGUGAAUAUAGAUAUAUAAUAGAAAUCAUUUACAAAAUUAUUUUGGAUCUUUGCCACUUUUAACAUAUCCUUUCAAUAUUUCAUGCAGUUCCGUGUGGCUUCUUAUACUAUCAGGUUUCAUUUUUAUUUAUUUUUGUCCCAUUGACCAUAAUGCUGCCCCUUAAAGCAGACAGGACAGGACUGAUUGUAUAGCACUGAUAUUCAGCUUCAUGCUAGACAUAUAGAAACAUGAGGUCCUCCUCUCUUCCCCUUGGGGCGUACAGAUGCCUUCCCUCUCUAGGCCUCCAUUGCACAGAGUUUACUCCAGCUCUUGAGUAACCUAGAUGAAGGAACCUGAGGAAAGAUGGUCCAUUGAAUUCUCUCCAGGGGAAAUGCUUAGAAUAAGCUUUAAGAAUCUAGCUUUCAGUUUGAAGUAGAUCUUUACAAAGACCUUUCUACCUGUAAGAAAUUGUUUCUUAAGCAAAUAAUGCAACACAGUUCUAAGAGCCUUUUAAAAAAAUUUAAUCUAUAUCGUUCCCUUCUGCCUCCCUUGCUAUUUCACACACAAACACCCUUCUCUCUCUUCUAGCAAUGCCAACAAAUGAGUCUCUCUUUCUCUCUCCCCUCCACAACCUUUUAGGACUGUCCAACAUGAUGUCAGAUGGCGAAUUCCUGCGAACCAGCUGUGGCUCGCCCAACUAUGCAGCACCAGAAGUCAUCUCUGGAAGGUAGAACAUUAAAGACCAAUGGAUACCCUUUUGAUCAGAGGCAUGUUUUUGACAUGGGAUCAUUCAUAUAGCUGAGUAGUUCGUGGUCAUUUAUAUGUGCUUAGGUAAUGUUCGUAUGGCAGCGUUCUGUCCUUCUGGUUGCACAGUUUGUUUUUAAGCAAGAAACAAUAGCACCAAAAGGAUUUAAAGUAGAUAGCAGGAAUUGACCACCGAGAUUAUUUCUGUUGACUGCACCAAGGCAAGUCCAAAGAGAGUGGACACUUCUAAGCAACACUCGAGAGAAAUGUUAAGGAUUUUUGGAGAAUGUAGGGGAGAGCAAUCAAAGAGAAGAGGCUUGAGCAGUUCCGGAAUGGUGAACAGGCUAUGAACAAAGUUCAGGGAGGAUGUUAUUGUAAUCAGAUGCUCUUCCAAUUGUCACUUGGAUUCAAGGCGACUGUUUAGCAUUGCUUCCUUUUUCCCUCUCCCAGCUACUUAGGGUGUCCUUUGGAACUUCAGGCAAGAUACUGCAAUGUCUUAAGGAACUGGUUAAUGGCACCUUCCUUUUGUUCAGAUUGUAUGCUGGCCCAGAGGUUGAUAUCUGGAGCUGUGGUGUUAUUCUCUAUGCUCUCCUCUGUGGGACUCUUCCUUUUGACGAUGAGCAUGUCCCAACCCUCUUUAAAAAGAUCCGUGGAGGUGUCUUCUACAUUCCCGAAUACCUCAACCGUUCAGUUGCCACCCUCCUUAUGCACAUGCUGCAGGUGGAUCCACUCAAACGAGCAACCAUCAAGGACAUCCGGUAAGGUCUGGUGCCAAAAUUACAACUCGUCCCUUACUAAUAUUUUUUUGAUGGUCUCUGAGAAGAUCAUCAGAGAAAAUCAGCCAAUAUGUCCUUUAGAAAUAAUAAUAAAAAAAAGAAAUUGGCUGAACAGGGAACGGAGCUGACAGGCUUGAAAACAUCUAAUCUAACCAGCUUACAUUAUUGCUACAUUCUCUUUAUUGCUAUGUUCUUUACAGUAUUUCAUAAGGAGUGACUGGGAGAAAGCAAGAUGAAACAUCACCUAAUGCAACCUCAGUUGUUGAAAUAGCAAGAGCAUUUGAAUAAUCAGAAGUGUCACAAGGAUGGCCAAAAUCCCUCAACUAAGCAGUACAAGUCAAACUAUUUAUAUGGUCCAAAAUUACAACCCACCAUAGCAUUGUCAGUGUUUCUUUCAUCUCCUGUUUCCAGCUCAUCCCAAUAUCACCAGGAAUGCCAUAUCCUGAAGCCUUGGGUGCCAUUGUGAGAACAUGCAGUGUAGUAUAUGACUAAAGAAUGUUGUUGAGACUGCUUUGUCCCUUAUAGCACAUAGGUCACUACACCAUGUGCUGUAAGGGACAAAUAAUUUAUAGUUCUUCCUUUAAUCAGCUUGUUUUACUCCUGCUAAACUCUUGGGGUCCGUAGUUUCUCAGAGGAGUGCAUUUCGAAACCUCAGCCCUUUGAACUCAGAAGGGUUAAACAGGAAUACAUACACCAGCUUGACACUUAUCAUUUAACAUUUUAGUGCCAUGCUUGGUCUUUUAUGAUGGGUCAGAUCUAGGAUGUUGCAUAAACAGUAUUAUUAUUCAUUAGAGAAACGAUUCCUUUUAGAGAACACGAGUGGUUCAAACAAGAACUGCCCAGUUACUUGUUUCCAGAGGAUCCUUCUUACGACGCCAAUGUUAUCGAUGAUGAUGCCGUGCGGGAAGUUUGUGAAAAAUUCGAGUGCACUGAGUCAGAGGUGAUGACCAGCCUGUACAGUGGGGAUCCUCAAGACCAGCUUGCUGUUGCUUAUCACCUUAUUAUUGACAAUCGGAGAAUCAUGAACCAAGCCAGUGAGUUCUACCUUGCUUCCAGCCCUCCCACUGGCUCUUUCAUGGAUGACACUAUGCACAUCCCUCCGGGGGUGAAGCCCCACCCGGAACGGAUGCCUCCUCUCGUAGCAGAUACUCCCAAAGGAAAGUGUCCCUUGGAUGCACUGAAUACCACUAAGCCAAAGCCGUUGACUGUGAAAAAAGCCAAGUGGCAUUUAGGAAUACGGAGUCAAAGCAGGCCUUAUGACAUCAUGGCUGAAGUGUACCGUGCUAUGAAACAGCUAGAUUUUGAGUGGAAGGUAAGGAAUACGAAUGCUUUGAAUGCUAUUCAAUGUUUGAUAAUGGAAGUUUAUAUUUUACUAUCUGCAUACCAGGUUUUUUUAUACUUAGUAAACAACUUAGAAGCCUAUUUUGGCAUUAAAUGACAUUCAGAUUAAACAAUGCAUUAAUUAAUUGUGCAUUCAUUAUUAAUAAUAUUUAAUAAUGCAUUAAUUAAUUAAUACCUCCGGUAGGUUUUCAGUUAACUGGCUUUGCUUAUGUAUUUGCUAAUGCAUUCAAAUGCUGCCCCCUCAAUAUAAUAAUUCUCAGAGCAGCUUAGAUCAAGAGAACAGGACAAAUAAAAUGCACAAGAAAUAUUUACGGAAUUUAAACAGUGGAUAAAGCGAGCAGGAAGAUUCAAUCAGAGUUAAAAGGUUAGCAGCCUGGUAGAGUGUAAAGGUCUUCGCCUGGUGCAGAAAGGACAGCAGAAUAGGCACCAGGCCAGACUUACCCAGGGAGGCAGUUUCAGGACUGGGGCACGACAAACGAGGAGGUCCAGUGACCACCUGCCUCACCUGGUGGUGGGGACACCUGGAAGAGGGCCUCCAGCAACUAUCAGAACAUGGACAAGUAGGCACUCUCCAGGUCCCCAGCUAUAUUAAUAAUAAUAGGCAUAGCAAUCCUAAAUGGGGUUGAGGAGGACAAGUGGAGCAGCAGAUCUACCACUGCAACCCAAGCCUUUCUAGCUCACACUGCCCAAGGUGGAAGGCCUGCACACACACACAGAAACACACAUGGUUUUUUAUUUUCUUACUUUCUCUGUACUUCAGAUCCAGGCUGGUGCAGCAGAGGGGCCUGAGGUUAGGUCCCCUCUGGGUCUGUGCAGGACUUUGGAUCUGGCCAUCUCACUGCCACUGGGACAACUGCUGUCUGCAGCUUUCUGCCCAGCACAGCUGGAACCUCUGGUUCAGUGGCUGGCAGUGAAGUGUCCGAAAGCCAUUCUAGCCUUUUCCAGCCAUCAGUGUCUAGGAGUUAGAAUUGCGCUAUAGAUGAGCAGUCUUCUAAUGGCCAUGAUAGUAUUCGCCAUGUCUCAUUGUUAAUUAUUAUUAGCUUACUCUUGCAUCAUCCUCUUUGUGAAUAUUAGCACCUUCAAAGCGGUUAAAUAAUGUAUAUUUUUAAUUACUGACCUAAAGGGGGCGGGGAAGAAAACAUACUUUCUUUUUUAAGCUUCCUAAGCUUGAGGAUAGGCAGAUAAUUCUGCCUUGCACAGUGGUAGGGAUAACAGGAGCUCCACAUUUCUAAUUAUAGUAGCUAAUUCCCUUCUGGGUAAAUAAUCUUACUGAAAGCUCCUAAUAAAUAGAUGUUAUUUCUACAUGGUAUCGUUGGUCAGGUGAGAAAAUGCAAUAUUGUUCCCUUAAAUCUGCCUUAAAUAACUUGGUAUUAGCUGAGUCUUCUUUUUGCCACAAGAUUGUGGUAGUUGCUGGUUUCCACAGUAUUUUCCUGUACAUAAGGUGCCUUCAUUUCACAAUCUCAAUGUCCGUCACUUACAGCCACAUUUGGGGGGUGAGCUUGAUCUUGGGAAUUAAUGGUUAUCUUCGUGAGGUUUUCUGUUUUCCUAUGUAUGCCUCCACCCCACCUUUUUGAGCUAGUGGUUUAUGGGCAAGAAUUAGUGUUGAGGCAUCAUUAGAUUCACUUUCUUUCAUUGUUCUGAUUUAACUUCAAGCCCUCAGUAGGAAAUGGAAAUUCAGUCUUCUGCUGCCUUGCUUACUGACAUAUGCUGCAUUCAAUAUGUUUACUGAAGCAGCUGCUUAAAAAACAAACCCCGUAUGCACUAAAGAUAAAUACAUACAAAUUUUAAUUUAAGGAACCUGUGCUUCUUGCCUGUUCUGCUUGCUUAGAUGUUGAUUAUUUCCCUGCUGCUAUUGUUUUGUUACUGCCUUUAUUAUGUUUUGUUGUGUGCAUUUUGAGUCUUUGUUUCUCUUGGCUGCUUUGCCUGUUGCUGAAUGAGAAAAGCAAGGUACAGGUGUUCUAAAAUAAAUAAAUGUUCAGUGAAUCCUCUGUAUGUAUGUUUGAAAGUGCUCCCAAUAUCCUGUACAAACUGAACCAACAUUCCAUGCCAAGGAAAGAGAAUUCUGUGACCUAUACAUUUUAAAACGAAGCCAAAAUUGCAUGUCUUUGCUUAUUUUGAAAUAAUCUAACAAUUUGCUUAUUUGGAAUAAUACUUCUAGUCAUUGUUAGGGCACAGAGCUACGUAGGUAGAGAAAACCUUGCCUCCUAAUCAUCGCAAUUCAGCUGUCCCAUACGUUGUCUGUUGUUAGAGCCAUAAUGACUAGAAACUGGUAGCUUAUAGAAAUAGUCAGUGGGACACUCCCCCCCCCCCCCGAAUAAUGUGGUCAAUGCCAGUUUCUGCAUUUGUACAGUUGGUUUUCUCGUUCACUAAUACAUAGCCCUGCUAACUAGAAGCCCAAUAGGAGAGAAGCUUGUACCGGUAGUUGUUUUCACCCCCAUCGUUCUGCCCAGACACUGAGGUCCAGCGCCAAGGGCCUUCUGGUAGUUCCCUCAUUGCGAGAAGUGAGGUUACAGGGAACCAGAGAGAGGGCCUUCUUGGUAGUGGUGUCCACCCUGUGGAACACCCUCCCAUCAGAUAUCAAGGAAAUAAGCAACUAUCCUAUUUUUAAAAGACAUAUUUUAAAAGGCAGCCCUGUUUAGGGAAGUUUUUAAUAUUUAAUGCUGUAUUGUUUUUAACACUCAAUUGGGAGCCGCCCAGAGUGGCUGGGGAAACUCAGCCAGAUGGGCGGAUUAUAAAUAAUAAAUAUUAUUAUAUAUUAUAUUAUGGAUGGCAGGACUAGGACUGCUGCUCUGAUUACCUGACUCCUCAUGUUGAAAACCCUCCUUUUCAUGAUGGAGGGAAGAAGGCUUGAGAAGAGUUUCCAUGAAGGAUAUUUAGAAGAAAAACACAGGAAGGAAUGGAGCAGGUGGAAGAGAGUCUUUAGCAGCCUGCCGUGUUCCAUGCCUGAGCUUUUCCAGGAAUGCCUUCCCCUCAGAGAACGUCUCUUUUAAAACUAAGAACCAGCAUCAGAGAGUGGGAUGGGUUAACUAGCUCAUUAAGGGCCCUGCUAUGCUGGCUGGGGCUUAGGGGAUUUAUAGUCCAACUACAUUCGAAGGGUUGCAGGUUAUCCAUUCAGGAGCCCAGUUUGGACUUUCUGAAUAGAAAGCCUGCUAGCUACACCCCUGAGGUUCAUGCCCCAUCUGAACAGUGUGGUGUGACGGAGAGAAAUGUUUCUAAAGGGGGAUCUGGGUGCAUGUGUAUAGGCUCCAUCCUCUGUGAUGGGGAAGGGGCAGUGGGGAGGGGCCGGCAGGCGAGACUCCACUGUCUACCUACACACAAUUACAGUCACCCAGAAGGGAACACCUUGAUCGAUCUGGCAUUUUACUUCCUUUCUGUACGUUUUGUAGUAAUACUGUGUGCUGCGUUACUGGAAAACUUAAAAGUCUGUGUCUGUAGUUAGGGCCCGUUAUUCAUAUAGGCUUAUUUAACCAAGUGAUUGCAUUGGGGCUGACUUCAGGGCCAAAUAUUUAUUUAUUUAAUGGAGCCUUUCUAAUCUGAACUCACGCAUGCUUCGUAACAAGGAGGUAAAGGCAAUUCCCUGAAUGAACAAAACCAUUGUAUUGAAGGGAGGAUUUGCAGGUGUCUUAUAAACUGGAGUAGCUAUAAAUGGGUCAUCACAGAACAGAACUGAAGUGGGCUAGACUGGUGUCCAGCCUGCCCCCCCCAGUCUACAAAUGUGUUUUAGGUGAGACAAACCUAACCUUGAUUAUCCAGAAGUGGAAAGAGGGACUGCAUCUGAUAUCCUUGCACAAAAAGCAUUUCUGGGUAUGAUAGAUGGUUAUGAAGUGUUUUGAAAAUAUAUUUUCAAAACACUGAGGGUAAUAGUCAACUAAGGUUUAUUCUGAGUAGACCUAACAUAGUCAUGUUCAUGAAUUUCAGUGGGUCUACUCUUGAGUAAACCUUUGUUGGAAUGCCAUCAGUUGACCUGCAAACCUGGUAGCAAACCUGUAUAGAAUUGCACUGCCAGCCUAUGCUUAAGGCAGAGUUGUUUUCUUGAAAUGUGAAAUUGCAAAAAAAAAAGAAAGAAAGAAAGAAAAAAGACUGUUUCUCCUGUGCCAUAAACCCAUUUUUCCUGAAAGACAAUUACAUGUUUUAGGUGGUGAAUGCCUAUCAUCUUAGAGUCCGUAGAAAGAAUCCAGUGACGGGAAAUUACGUGAAAAUGAGUUUGCAGCUUUAUCAGGUUGACAACCGCAGCUAUCUGUUGGACUUUAAAAGCAUUGAUGGUAAGCAGGAAAUGUUGUAGAAUAAAACCACAAGCACGAAGGAAGUUUUUUUCUUGUUUUUUUAAACCCGCUUUCCCCAUCUACUCUUUUUAUUUUUAUUUUACUUUAUGAUAUCUCCUAGUGAGGACUGCUGUUCCAGCAGUACUACCUUAAUCUUUUUGUCACCUCUAAUCUUAACUGUGACAAUUUAAUUGCAGUUGGGUAGGUUAAGAGAGAAUACUACUCCUAGCAGGAUUCACAAUAACCCUUAAAUGGAUAAUUCUGUUGCAAACCUUUUCUGACCAUAAACCAUUUUGGAGUUCCAAAUAAUGAACUUUUGCAGUGAAAUUCUUCCCCACCUCUGUAGAAUUGUUACAAUUGCUGCUACUAGUUGAGACACAAUAUUUUUUUUUUUUUACAGUGCAGUCCCUUACAUACUCAGAAGUAAGCCCCAUGGAGUCCUAUAGGACUUUUACCCAGUUAAGAAUUCAUAAAAUCAUAGAAUUGUAGAGUUGGAAGGUACCCUAAGGGUCAUCUGGUCCAACCCCAUGUAAUGCAGAAAUCCUGCCCACAGCCAUCCCUGGGUGGGCUCAAACCACCAACCUUCCGGUUAGCAGCUGGAUGCACUGACCCAUUGCGCCACUGGGGGCACUGCAAUCUUACAAUACAGUAAAUUUCACUUUCAUUACAGCUAAGAAUCACUUCAGUUAUUCAUUGUGUCCAAAAUAAUACUGUAGAUGUUUAUGCAAUUUUCUUAGCUGUUUUACGUAAGGUUCUUCGUAAUCAAAGCUACGCAUUUCAACAUGACAGUCAAAGCUUGUGUAUAUUCAGCUAAUUACUAUCAGUUCUCCCCCCCCCCCCCAAGAACUCAGAAGCGGGGCAGUCUCUUCCUUGGCACCAGCCCAGCUAAAUAUGGGAUAGUCAAUCUGUGGCUCUCUAUAUGUUUACUGUAUUAUAUUUCUAAAUUGCUUCCCACAUACAGAGGCACCCCAAAGCGAUUUACAGUAAACUACAAAGCGCCUUAAAUAUUCACUAAAACGAUGCAAAUAUGAACUAUUAAGUGUGCAUUCCAAAGAAAAAGUCUGCAACUCCCACCUGCUCUUUGGCUAUGAUGGCUGGGCUAGUGGGGAUUCAAAUCUAACAUCUGGAAGGCCACAGAUUCCCCUUCCCCAAGUUAAUGUGCAGUUUAGGCUCCAGUCAUAUACAUACUUGGUUGGGAGCAAGGCGCAUUUAACACAGUGGGACUUACUUCUGAGUGAAUACACAUGGAACGCAGCUGUCCAACAGCAGCGUCCUUUUAAAGCCAGCAGGAUGGAAGCUUGAAGAGCAGUAAAUUCCAUUGAAAUAGGCUACAACCUUAGGGACACAAGAGAGGCAGUUGAAACAAAGUGAAAGGAUAGUCUUAGACUUGAUCAAGAAUAUUUAAAAAGAUGCAGCAAGAGAGAGAGUCAGCCGGCAGUGUACAGGGCACAAAAAGGAGAUGCAAUGGCUGCCUCGUCAAGAGUUUGCAGAGAAAGUGUGGUUUGAAGGAGAUGGCAGAAAUGGCUUGUUUUCUCCUGGUCCAGAGGCUCAGAACCAAACCAAUGGAUUCAAGUUACAAAAAACAAGAUUCCAACUAAACGUCAGGAAUAACUUUCUGACAGCAAGAGCUGUUAAGCAGACUCCCAUGAGAGGUGGUGGACUCUCCUUGGAGAUUUUAAAGCAGAGGUUGGAUGGCCAUCUGUCAUGGUUGCUUUAGCUGAGAUUCCUGCAUUGCAGGGAGGUGGACUGAAUGUCUCUCGGGGUCCCUUCCAACUCUACAAUUUUAUGAUCCUAAACUUCUCAUGCGAUCUUUGUGGCACAGGAACUCCUACUUUGUGGCUCAUUCCCGCUCCCCAAACUUAAUAUGAGAGAGCCGUGGCCCAAGGAUGGGGGAGAUGGGUGAGCAAUGCUUGUAUGGGUUUUGCUAUAGUUUAUUAUAUGUAUCCUGAAAUGUCUUCCGCGUAUCAAGCUUAUCUCAGUCUCUUCUUGCAAGCCAGACCUUCUGAUGAGAGGCUGCCAUAAAGCAUAGGAGCAAAGUCAGUUGCCGGAGAAAGGAACAGUAGCCUCCUAUCAGCCUGAGCAGAUGUUUAAAACCUUUGUUUUCUGUUUGUGCCUUCAAGAUGAUGUCGUGGAGCAAAGGUCAGGCUCUUCUACACCUCAGCGCUCCUGCUCCGCAGCCCGCUUGCACAGACCGAGGCUGAGUCUCGAUUCUGCCACCGCCGAUAGCCAGUCGCUUCCUGGGUCUCUCAUGGGCUCCUUGACCGGGAGCAUGACCUCUGUGACACCUCGUCUCGGUAGCCACACCAUGGAUUUCUUUGAAAUGUGUGCCAGUCUCAUCAUGGCGCUGGCUCGCUGACAGGUAUCAUUCAGAAGCUUGAUUUCUUUGCAAAAGCUGCAUGUCAAAGCAUCAUUUGGGCACGUGCAGCAAGGAACCUAAUCCUUGAGGUAGAAAUCCCAAAUUUGGUACCCAGAAUAUAUGAUGUAUAUUAAGGGAAGUAGGCAAAUGUGUUCGAUUUUAUGUAAUCCUUAUUGCAGAAUUUGCUUCAUUCUUUUUGCAAGGAAUUUGGAAUAGUUGUGUUAGAAGUUGCAGUAGAAGUGGAGGUAGAAGGCAGUGGAGGAGGGCUUUGGGCCCGUUGUCCAACAGCUGGUCACUGUCCAAUCUCAUCGCUUGCCACACUAAGCUUCAAUUAUGCAGGAAACAGCAACGUCUGCCAAAAAUCUGAAAAAUGUCUCCAGUCACAGAAUCCACAGUGCCCCUGCCAUUGUAAACAUAUCAGUGCAAUAAUGUUCCUGAAUACUUGAGUAUUUCUCCAAAGGAUUCUGAAAAAAAUGAUUUCAGAAAAUGUAUACUUUAUCCUUCUGGCGGGGUUGAUUUUCACUUUACGCAUGUGGGAGAAAUUUUCACCUUUGCUGUUCUUUCACCUACUGUAACAUGUAAAAUCACCUUUUGUAGAAGGACCGUAGCUCGAUGAGAAGUGCAAUUUUUGAAUGUUUUCAAUCCCACAUAUCAAAUAUGUACAGGUUUUAGUCUCAGGCAUCUCUGGUUAGGAAACAGUUGAUGACAAGCCUCUGUGGCCAAGCUGCAGUGUAACAUUCUCCCUCCCUUGCCCACUCCCCGCCUCGUGGAAGCGCUCUUUGAAUGUUCAGAAGUCAACAGGAAUCUUGUUCCCUGCUCAUAGGUUCAGAUGAAUGAACAGCUGCAGCCUACAAGUGCAUUCCUCCAUUCUAAGCACACUUCUGUAAAGUAACGCACCACACCAGGAAAAACCCACAAUUUCCUAAAACAGUGGAGAGCAGGAUUUAAAUUCUGCUGACCAUUAUAGUCAACAACAGUGGCCUGACUCUAUUAUAUUAUUGUCAUAUUGUGGCAAAAUAAGAGAGAGAAUCGGGUAUUACCAUUGAGGAACAAUGCACAGGCAGUUCUCCAUCCAGUAUAUCCUUUGAUUUAGUCCUUUUCUGAAUUCUGCACACUCUUAACAUAGUUUUGAUUACUGCUAGGGUGUUUCACACCCUUGUAGAGAGUUGUAGAUCAUGGGUGGCUAACCUGAGGCCUUCCAGAUGUUGUUGGACUCCAGCCCUAAUUGCUGUGACUGGGAAUGAGGGGGACCGGUUGCCCCAAACAAACUAACAACCAAAAAAAGAGGACUACGGGUUAGCCACCCCUGCUGUACAUCCUCAAAAGACAAAUCUGUUAGAAUGAAAGAGAUGAGUGCAAGGCUGUAAUUAUACAGCAACAGUGCUAACAAGGUGCACAAAAGGACACACCAUUUUGUGUGUGUACACACACACACACAUACAAUAUAUGCCUGCAGUGCAUGUACCAGACCCACCUUGCCUCCUCUCUUGCUGCCCAGAAGUGACAGAUGGGUGUGUGUGCAUGUAUCCUUUGCUCGCCCCUCUUCGGAUACUGAAUCUCCUAGCUGGUGAUCACUAGAAGUCAGUAAGUCAACACUUGAAUGCUGGAAAAAGCCUUUUGUGACAUGGUUGCACAGGGCUACCAUCUCAUUUAGUAAUCAUCCCACAGCAACAUUUUUUCACAGCUUUAAUUAAAGUUUUGCAUUUGGGAGUUUCUGUUCCCUCCAAAGGAAUUCUUUCCGCUACAGCCUUUCAUAACCAUUUUGUGCUCACUGCUGUUCAUUGUCCUGGGCUUGUUAAGCUCAGACCACCUACUAUAUCCCAUAAGCAAUACGCGCAGCCUGCUCUUAAUCACAUUAUUAGUCUUCCAUCAAUCAUUGCAGCCCCUGCCUUGUACCAGAAAUAUCAAAGCGCAAGGCCUGUAUAUUUAAAUGAGGAGCAAUCAUUAACCCCAUGGCAGCUGUAGAGCAGAUAAAGAUUGCUGUAACCAUCUAUGUAAAACUCAUAAUAGUGGGAUGGGGGAGAAAAAAUUAUAUCUUUCUUCAGGAGUGAGGUCCUUUGAUAACACCCUUGUUCACCAGCAUAAAGCAAGAUAAUUAGAGAGUGUAUUCAGCAAUACGGCAGGAAAGAGGGUAAUGGAUAAAAUUAGGAGCAUUAAGGUAAAGAAUCAAAUGAAGAAUAUCCUGGCUCGCAAGAUGAAUGGACCUCCGUUCAGGACUGAGCCUGGGGUUUUUUUUUCUGCUGUGGCUUCAUUCCUCUUUUUUUACCAUAUCUGCUUGAUCCUGAUUCCAACACAGAUCUUCAUCAGCAUAACCUCUUCAAGAAAUGACUUCUUAAUUGUAAACAGAUAAGGGCAUUGGCAGGAUUAUUGUAAUAACCUGCAGUUUCAUAAGAGUAUAUAUUUAAAGUAGAUGAGUAAAAGAAUAAGUUAACUUAGAAAAUGCAGGGAAUGAUAAAAAUAAAAUUAAAGAAUCUCAGAAAGAGGAGGAAGGAAGUUGAGUUUUGAAAUGUUUGAAUAAUUGUAAAACUAUUGAAAUGUAUGUAACUGGCAAUCAUAAAAAAGGGCUUUAAAAAUGUUUAAUCCAUGACCUUAAAAACCAAACCAAAUAAGUUUUUAAAAAUUCAGAUAUGGGAGUGCAUUUCUUGUCACAAGGCCCAGCUGGUCGGCAUUCCGCUACACAGCCAGCUAUGGGAGCAAGAGCAGGGCAGAUUGUGCUUGCCAUAAAGGCUAGACAAUCUGUGUCCCACUGAUGAAGACCAGGCAUUCAAUGCUCAGGAAGAACCAGUUGCUCCCAGGCCCUAUUGUCUUUUGAAACAUAUUAAUAUGUCCUAAGAGAGAAAACUAGGAAUCCACAGUAGACUCAACCCCUCAAGGUGUGUACUUUGUCUGGGACUUGGGUCAGGCUUCUGUAAUCCCCAAGAUCUGAAAAUUUACUAGGAGUCAAGAGUGUUUCCCAGUCUGCUCCUUUUCUCUCUACAGUUAGAUCGUCAACAUCUUUCAGUGCUUGAACCAUGGUUAUGUUGCCUUUUGCCCCCUUCUUUCUCAAUUCACCUUGUUGCUUCCAACCAGCUCUUCACAUCUGCUAAAAAUAAGACAUGCAUCUCAUUGUUUCCAUACCUUGCCCUCCGUGACCUUUUCCUCUGUUCAGACUUCUGUUGAAUUAUAAACACAUCAGCUUCUGCUUUCCUUCUUCCUAAUGACUGAGCCAAAGCUAGUCCAACAUAGAGCUGCAGUGGGACGAGCUUUGUGUCUUGAAUGUUUUCUGACCGCGUGUAGUGUGCAUUCUGCAGUAGGGCAGCAGGCAGAUAAUCAGUCUUGAAUGUUGCAGUGCAUCAGCCAUGCUGACCCAACAUUGGGUUGCCAUCUCAGGAUGUACUUUCUUCACAAAUGGCGUACGGUUGGCCCUGAAGUAGCCCUUCACAGUGGUAAAUAUAAUAUAAUGUGCUGUUUCAUUAGGCAAAAAGAAAGAAAGGUAUUUCAUACUCCACAAAUCACAGGUGCUCAUGGUCAUUGUAUCACAACCGAAUGAAGAAUUAUAAUACAGAGGGAGGCUGCACCAGACAGACUUGUCAUUACGUUGACCAAAAUAUAUUUUGGCAGCCUCGUGUGGGGUUCCCUGCAUGGUACAGGCCAGUGCCCUUGAGGUCUAAGGAGUUUGUUUGAGUUUUGCAUUUCAUUUUGAAUGUUCUUCCUAGUGACAAAGACGCUGGCUAUUCCCACCCCCCCACCCCCCAAAACAGGACAGCAGCCAAAUUUACCUUUCUAAUAUAAGAGCGGAUAGAAUCCCUUCCUUGUGCUGUUUCAUGAAAGCUGGAAUGUAAAAUUGACAAUACUGUUCCAGACCUCAGGGCUUCAAUGUACCUCCAAAGCUUAAUUGACUGUGACCUCUACUGAUACACUGAUAAAGCAGGAAUAACUUGUGUUUUAUUGUUCCUUUUCUGCAGGAUAGCUGAAGGAAUCAGGUUUACUAAAUUUGCAAUAACACACCAUUUUUAAAGGGUAAAAACCUUGCUUUUAGGAUGACAAAGCUAUAGCUUGUGUGGAUGUUGCAGUAACAUUUGGGAGGGGAGAUUUUUAUGUCACUUUUCUCUCAAUAAGUAUUAGCUGUGUUUGUUUAAUUUUAUAGUGGGCUUGAUAUCAAUUUCCCGAUAAACUAAAAGGAAGCAGAAUAGGCUCCAAGUCAAGACAAGAGGGCCAAAAAACUACACUGGGGCCAUAAACAGUUAUUAAAAAUAAAUAAAUAGUAAUAAUGGGAGAACAGUUGGCACAGCUUUAGUCAAAAGCCUCUGUAGGAAAACAUUUGCCAAACAAGUCUUCUCCAUCAUUGUUACAGCAUCGUUUUAUCAAAACUGUUUUUCAGUUUCCCGUUUGUUCUGAACUACUGCAGGAUAUUCAUUUUCCUAGGAGGCGCUAUGGCUUAUUUCACACAGUCAUAGGAAAGGACUCGCCUUGACUGAAGGAGUAGCAGGCUGUACCGCUGGCCCCGCUCACCCAACAUUGCACAGCUUUCCUGUCCCAGACACUGAACACAGGCAUGUAAGUGGGGAAGCCUCUGUGUGAACAUCUCUACAUGUAUAGGCUCCCCCAAGCACCCCACCCAUGCUCAGUGUGGGGAUGCCAGUGUGGGUAAGCUGUGCAGUAUUAGGGGCUAAUCUCACAGAACCCCUUCACAUGACUAAUACAUGAAAUACAGGCUAUAUUCUGUGCAAUUCUGCUUCUUUGAAUUAGCCCCCAGUUCUUCAUCUUGAAAUGCUCUGAAAGCAGAAGCUCACUCCAUUAUAGGGAGCCUAUCAGUUUGGCUGAAGGAAAUAGUUGGGAGAAGAAAGGUAGCAUUAGGGAAGAGUUAGCAAUAUAACUAUUUCCACUACCAGUUGAGUGGAAUGUCAUUGUCUUUUCCUGGGCUGUUAAAAUAUUUCCCAUGCAUAGUGUAUAGGAACAGGUUUCCUUGGCCAACUCUUAACCCUUACUUAUAUGACAGGCAUAAAUUCUUAAAUUGCUACUUUUAAAUUUAGCACUUUUAUUGCACUUUACCUCUUUUUAAGAAAGACACUACUAAUAUUGGGGGCGGAGGAAGAAUCAGUGCUACUUUUUAAAUAAAUAAUUUGAUACUACCACAGGCUAGAGACGGAGAAUAGUUUUAUUAGUAUUUCUGAGUGGUUAUAAAUUAUUUGUAAUGUCAGUCGCACCUGGGAGCAUUGGCCGAGAUCUGGCACCACAGGCAUUGCUUCCCAAUAGUAAAAAGCCACAUCUUGUGUGGAUACAUCCUCAUUGUCAUACUUCCACUGUGGCAAGAAUUAGAACUACAAUUUAGAAGCAUCUGAGUGUCAGGUGCUUCAAAACAUCUGCCAAAGUGAUCACUGACAUUAAAGACUAAUCGCUAUUCUGCCCUUAAAAAGGCUGUGCUAACCUUUUGGGGUCCGUGAACACAUUUGCCAUGUGGGCAAAUCAUUGUGGGCACCAUCCACACACCACACUACAAGAGAAGGCUUCUUUCAAGCCUAAUUCCAGUAAGACAAGGGAAUGUAUGCAAAUAGCCAACACACACGUGCAAAUGUGUAUUUGAGCAAGCAGAAUAGAUGCAUUUAUGCAAAGCUGAGCACUAAAGCACAAUUUUCAGCUGCUGGUUUAAUGACAUGUUGCAGAUAAGAAACCACUAGCUAUUUUCUAGAAGGAACACUGGAAUGAGUAAGGAUUUAAAAUAGCACAAUAUAAUACAGCAUAAAUUCUGUAGUCUUUAAACUAUGUUUCCAGUAAGGGUACUAACCUUGCACGAAUUUUUCCCCCAGUGGUCCCUGCUGCAUCUGUGGUAGAAUCGCACCAAUUUCUUCGCAUCACCACACACUGAGUCAUAUGAUGUAAUUUACAGACGUAGCUUAGUAAGUCUAGGCAAUUUGCCGUUUAUUAUCAGUGGUAGCAUAUUGUUUUCAGGAGGAAGAUCAGCCUGAGCUAGAGUAUACAAAACCGUGCCUUCUCAUAUCAGCUGCUAAAAAUCACAAACGAUUCAUUUCCACUCAUUUAGUGCGCUGCCUUCAGUACCCUGGGUGCAGAUUUUUUAAAUACUUGAAGUGUGCUUGCUGUGUUCUCACGUUGCCUCAGUGUUUGCAUUUGCAUGGGAUAAAACUUCUUGUUGGAAACCUCCUGUAGAGCAGCAGCUGGGAUGCCAUUGUGGAAGAUCCAUAUAGGUCAGUAUUUGUGCCCAUGUUUUUUAUAUGCAAAAGGCCCAGAGGUCAAUCCCCAGCAUAGGGUUUGGAAAGAUGACUGACUGAAGCCCUGCGGAGCUGCUGUCACUCAGUGUAGUUAAUACACAGUUAUUUGAGCCGGUAUUUUCUGACUCGGUAUAAGGCAGCUUCCUAGGUCUUGGGGCUGAAUGCUGUGGCACCUACCCUAACAUUUUUUUUUUAAUCCAGCUAUUUUUUUUAAAAAAAUUGUCACUCCUUUCUUUUCUCCACUCCAGCCCCAGGUUAUCCAUGACUUAUUUGGGCUUCAAGUUGAUCCCAUCCAGUGUUUAACAUGUUUGCUAUUAAGAUUUGGCAUGCUUUUAUAGGAAGCUAAAGUGUGUCCCAAUCCACUAUGUACAAUGUACAGGAGGAGAUUCUGAAGGAUGCCCCAUUCACUUCAAAGCAAGUACAGUAGCAGGUCCACAGGCACAGCUCUUUGUACAUGUAAAGCUGCCCUUCCAUUGAAGUGAGCAAGAAAACGUUUGUGGGCAGGAGAACUUCCUCUAUGCACACUAGAUCAGGUACCAGGCUAUGGCUUACACUACAAGCAAGUCAGCAUACAAGCAAAAAGUAACAGUCAAUGCUCUUAUGCCUUUCUUUGAUGUUUCUCCAAAGCAGCUCCUAUGCCAGAAAAGGCAAGCCAUUACUCAGUUCAAAACGUUGUCUUGUCUCUUCAGGAGUGACAGUUGCUUUCAGGAAGAAUUAAUGUCCCAAAUGUAAUUUCUCUUACUUGCACGCAAGUGACUUUGACUCAAGAACGUCAUAAGCUAUGCGGCAAAUUGCAAUGUGUUGAUUUUUCUGGUUGUGGAAAUUCUAAGUUACUGUAAAAUUAAGCAUUUAAACCCUUAGUAAAUGCAGUCUUCUAUGCAUUGAACAGCAAUAUUUCUUUACACACAUUUACUAGACAAGAAACCUGGUCACAAUAUUAAAUCUUCUAAUUCUCGAUUACCCUUGCGUUCAGAUAAAGUAUAUUCUCCCCUCAAAAAGCCUUGAAUCUCCUGCUGAAAAUGCCUUAACUGAUCAAACUUAUUUAUGUAAUUUAUUUAUUUGGUGUCUCCGUGUUCAUUCAUGCAUUUUUCUCCCUAAGUGGUGAAUGUAUCCUAACCUCACAAAGCUCUGAAAUGAAUACCAAUGAUGUGUGUUUAUUCUUACUUUGGAAGUGAACCCAGUUUUUCUGUGUUAAGAAACCUUUGUAUGUAUAUUUUGUAAAUCCAGCAGCAUUUUCUUCUUCGGUGUGCACAACAAAACUGCAAGCCACCUGACCACUGUGCCCUUGAACUACUUGUAACUGGGGUAAUAGCAGGGAAGCCUGUGUCGUGCAGCUUCUCUUAUGGAGCAAUGCCAUGAACUCUGGAUACUCAACCUUCAUUAAUGGACAAAAGCAGAGAUAGGCAAGCUCUCUCAAACAUACCUGUGGAUUAACUUUGAUCUCCCAAUUGUUGCCCCAAAUUAUUAUAUUUAGAGCUAGUCUGAGGGCUCAAAAGAAUGCUCCCAGUCCAGCCAGUUUUCAGAGUUCCCAGAUGCCCUACCUGCUAACCCACUUUCCUGAAACUAACUUCCCCUUUCCUUUUGGUCCUUGAGAGAAAUAAUAUAUUUCAUGGUUCCCUAGAGCUUCCAGGAUGCUGUUUAUCAGUACAGGAGGAAUAGAGAGAAAGAGGAAAAGGAGGAAGGGCCCUUGCAUGCUACCACUUCUGCCUGAAAAGUAGAGAGGAUUCAGUUUUGGAGAGGAGCUAGGGGAAAGGUCUUUUGGGGACUGGAAGAGCUGGCAAGGGUGGGUGAGAAGCCUAAGAAUCUUAUGGCUCAAAUUUUAAUUCGGUCUCGCUUCUCAGACAUUCAUGUCUAAAUCCAAUCUGAGCUGGAAUCCCUGUUCUGAUAGGAAAGCAAGUCUGGAUUAUCUUAAAACCGAUCAGUGUUUUGCAUAUAUGACAGUGUUGCAGGGAAGGCAGUACUCCCUGCCCAUUUAGUUUUGUAACUUAAGCAGAAAAUGAAGGUUGGGUGGCUGCAGUUUCACUGACCUAUUUUGGUGUUGAUUUCCCCCCUCCCCUUUUAUUGUACCACACUGUUUGUGAUUAUUACUCCAUGGUUGACAUUUGCACUUUAAUAAAGAGAUGAGAAUCUUACAAAAUGCU